UAUCGUAAGAUAUCGAGUUGAAACCCAGUACUUACAUUUAAAAGUGUAAUCCCACAUCUAGUCGUCACCAGCGCGCAGUGAAUCUUGGCUUUGACUUUGUUUUUGCUCAGUUCCCAUGUUUCCUGUGUAUGUGUCGGUCACCAUAGAAACUCAUCAGAUCAUCACCUGUGUCUUGUUUGUUCAUUAGUGUCCUGUGCAUUUAUACCCCUCCCAGUUUUUUACUCCUUUAUCGAGUAUUGUUUCAACAUAUUUUGAAAUGUUGUUUGCCUUGCGCAUGUAGAUAACCUGGUUUUUGUUACCCUGUGUGGAUUUAACUGUUUGAGGUUUGACAUUAGGGGCUUUCACAACGAAUAAUUAUAGGAACUCAGUUAUAGGAACUAGCCACUAGGAUAUAUUAUUUCUCCCCCGGGCCACGAUCCUGGUUGCAUUCGCACCAGGAAUAGGAACUCUGAAGCUGCCGACUGCGGCGUCUUUAAGCGCAGCAUUUACAAAUGUUAAAAACCAGUGAAUGGAGGAUGCCGUGAUCGGAGCUGUGUUUGUUGUGUGUCGUGGCUUUCGUGAUAAUGGAGAUGGAAUGUAAACGCAUAAUCUACGCGACUGAAAGAGCAAAAGUGGGGCUAAGAGACGAAAUCUCCUACGACAACUUUUUAGUAUUACAUAUCGUCGAAGUGGAGAAAAGAACACAACCCUGCAGACAACAGGUAAAUGCCGUUAUCGCUGUUUUCCAUGCUUGUGAAGUAAAUAUGUUUACAUGGCUCUUUAAAAAUGGCGGGUACCGGUGUUUGACAUGUGUUUGACCGAUCAACGUACACUCACGUCACAGAUAGUUCCUAUAGAGCUGGUUUAGACCCUACUCUGAAGUACGAGCUAAUUUAGUUCCCCCAAAAGGAGUUCCUAGAACUAAAAUAGUUCCUAGUUCCUGCGGUGCGAACACGGCAAAAUCUGGGAACUUCAGCCAAUAGUUCUAGGAACUAUGAAAAGGUUCAUCCGGUGCGAAAGCCCCUAGUUGUUUGGGGGGAGAAUGAAUAACUAAGGGGCUGUUUACACUACACAGUUUUCAUCGGAAAACUUUUUAUGCAUUUUGGCCGUUCAGGACAAUGGUGUUUUGCGGGCCUGAAAACACAAACUUUUGAAAACAGGUUUCAAAGUGACAUCAUGCACGUGUAUUAUGAGUUCAGUCUAUAGGUGCGUAGUGUUUCUUUACAAAGUGAUCGUCGCCAUCUACCGGCCUGGCAGCAAUAUACAGCGUUUUGACAACAUUGUUGUCUGUACACGAAAAAUGCAGAGAAAAAACCUUUCGGUUUUUAGUACAUCGUUGUCAUGUAAACAAACAAGUUCACCAAUAUGAUAUUUUCACAUUCAAAAGAUUGACAGGUGAGAUUUGGCCAACACUUCCCAUUAUAAAAACACCAGGGUUAUGCACCGUGCACUGAAUUGAGAAUGCCUUUAAAAUUCCAAUUCUUUAAAUGAAUUUGAAUUGAGAAAUUCAAAGAAAUCCAUAUGAUGACAUAUUAGAAAGCAAAAUUCCCUUUAAUAGAAUUUGAAAUGAGAAAUGAAAACUUUGAAUGUUGGCUUGACAAAGCCUUGAUAGUUUAGAAGGCCUUGAGGAUUGAAAGUUUAACCUGUACAGACAUAUUUUCUUUAAAGUGUAAUUCAGUGUGUUCUUUUUUCAGUACUGUCAUUCCAAUUCAACUUCUUGGGGGGCCAAUUAAAAUUCACACUCAUCAUGAACUGAAAGUCAGUCAGUUCUUCAAUUCUGAAUUUUGCACAACCCUGAUGGAUUCAGUGUUUAAUCAUUUGAGGCAUCUAAAUUCACUAAAUGACAUUUUCAUAUUCAGAGGUUGUAGUGGGACUGUCAACAGGUGUCAUUUCAGAAAAAAAAAAAAAAUUAAUGAAUUUAUAUUUUACAUUUUAAGAGCAGUGGUAGUUUCUCUGUAGUGUGUGAUUUAGCCAAUAGGGAUUAUACAGUUAGGCUAUUUCAGACAUUAUUUUACCCACCCUCAAAACGCAUCAGUUCUGCACAAAUCAAGUAAAUCACUUUAAUGUCCUAAACUUUAUUUUAAGGGGUCAUGAACUGAGAAAUCCACUUUUCCUUGAGCUUUUGAUAUAUAAGAGGUCAUCGUACUAUAAGAAUAUCCUGUAAGUUUCAGAACUGAAAACUUCCUUGUUAGUCCAAUAAAAGCUUUUAUUGACACCAGACCCAGAGAACGACUGAUCCUGGAAUGUGUCUAUAGAUAGAUGAAACUCCGCCUCCACAGAAGAAAUCAACGCCUACUUCAUCAUUGUAACGUUAGCCCCGCCCACUGGUGUGUUAGUGAGAUGAGGAGGAGAGAAGAGCGAUACAGGACUAAAAUAACAUUACCUUUCAAAGGAUCCUAAUGCAGGAAUAUGAUUAUUUAUUAAUACACUGCAACCUUUCAUGCCACGAUCUAAAUAUAAUGCCAUAGAUCUAAAUGUAAUGCAACACUUUUCAUGAUUAACCUUGAGAGCUGUAAUAGUAAAAACAUGCUAAAAGUUUUCGAGGGAGUAAUACUUUGCUAUUUCAUAGGCAAAGAUGUCAGCCAAUCACAGCAGUGGGCGUUUACACUGAAGUCUCACAGCAGACACGCCCCUUAAAACAGAGCGUUCAAAUCAGAGGGAUAAAAUCAAGGUCGGAAAAAUGCCUUUUAUUUCUAAAUUAUGACAAUUUUUGAUGUAAAAAGCAUACUAACAUUAUAAGUGACCCCAGGAAACAUUAUAAAACACUGCAGUUCAUGACACCUUUAAUGCUGUAAACUCACUUUAUGUCUGCCUGAUCAUUACACAAAUACACAACACGCUCUUAUAAACAUAAUGCCAUUAGACACUAUCUAGGCUAUAGAACCUUUUCAGCUUAGUUAUAUUUUGCUAUCUGCGCAAUAUGCCCAUUUGUAUUACUGACAUGCGUCUGAACGCGUUUUGCAGAGAAAAAACGCAAAUGCACUGCACAAAACACAAAGCAGCAGCUUCAGCCCAGACACAUGCUCAGCACUGGAAUCCCAACACGUAGUUAUCCUUAUAUGGCCAUUUUCCUGUUUGGCAGUGUUACGUCACUGCGUGACGUGAGCAGGUGCAGAUGCGGAGACUGGAGAGGAUGGAGACGCGCAUUAAAUAUACAUUUGAUUAGGCCUAUAUUAGCCAUUGCAAAACGGCUUAACAAAAUAUAUAAUCAUCAAUAAAGUUAUUUCUACUAAAAAGUCGGUCCAAUAUCUUUUUUUUACCUUUCUUUCUUUCAGUUUUUGUUGCUGAAUUAGCUAUGCAACAUGACAACAGAACGCAGAUCAAAUACUGUUGUGUCGAAUAUGAGCAUCAGUUUGCAUGAAAUGGUCAUGUUUUAAAAUAAAUCAUGCAUUAUUCAUAAGGUCUUUAUGCAUAUCAGGGUCCAUUAGAAUUUUAUGAAUGAAUAUGUAGCACGGACCACGUUUCGUCCUCGCGGGGGAUCACCAUCGAUUCACGCGCGCAGCUUCACUACAGUAACCUUUAGUGAAAGCAAAUCUUAGCUGAAUAUGGAUUAAACAAUAAUAUGCACAAAUGUGCACAGAAAACUCGGUUCUCCUCGCAUGUCCUUCAGAGGAGCUCCCCACAUGCGGAAUGGUACGGCCCGUUUCAUUCAUAAAAUUCAGGCGCACUAUAAAUAGGAGCUCGCGCAGCUGAGUGUCACUGACCAGGUUUAUAAACCUGGAGAGAGCGACUCCAACAUCACGAAGCGAGCUUCUUGGACCAGAAGAGCUGGAAUCCACUCAAUAGUUUUGUCUUUCCGUGAGUGCUGGAGAAAUGUUCCUGAGCAAAGCGAAGACUGAUCCGGACUCUGCCGGGGACGCGCGCGCGCACAAACCUCGCGCGGAUGCGCCGAUGGACAGCAGCAGCUCACAGGGCUCGUGCGCGGAUGCCGAGUCUCCGGGCUCGUUCGUCCCGACGGUCACGGCGAUCUCCAGCACGCCAGACCUGCAGUGGAUGGUCCAGCCGACGAUCAUCACGUCUGUGUCUCCGUCUCUGGCUAGAGCCGAAAGCAAGACCAAGAGCGCUGGGAACAAGGGGAAAUGCGCUGCCAGGAAGAGCAAGAGCGAGCAGCUCUCUCCGGAGGAAGAGGAGAAGAAGAGGAUCAGGAGAGAGAGAAAUAAAAUGGCUGCAGCGAAGUGUCGCAACAGACGGAGAGAACUCACCGACACCCUGCAGGCAGAAACAGACAAGCUAGAAGAGGACAAAGCCGCCCUCCAGGCUGAAAUCGAGAGUCUCCUGAAGGAAAAGGAGAGGCUUGAGUACGUUCUCGCCACUCAUAAACCUCUUUGCCAACUGCCUGAAGAGCUGGACUGCCUGUUUCCAGAGUCUCCUCAGCCGCUUCCAACUCCCGAAACGUCCAGCAAACUCUCAGAGGAUAGUCCGCAAGAUGGCACUUCCCUGCAGGACAUGGAGAUCCCAACGGUACCUUCCACUGCUAUUUCUGGGAACUCCAACAUCCUGUUGUGCUCCAGUGCAGAGGUCAGUUUGUGCGACCUCGAGCCCUCUCUGGACAUCAGGGACGAGCUCCUUGUCACCGUCGACGAGGACCGGGUCUCGGCGGAAACAGCUCGCUCCGUCCCCGACAUUGACCUGUCCGGCUCGCUGGGCAUCACGGACUGGGAAACCCUGUACAAGUCUGUGGCCAAUGAUCUCGAACCUUUGAGCACCCCAGUGGUGAGCGCUUCCACACCCACCUGCAGCAACUAUCUGUCUGUAUUUACCUUCGCCUGCCCCGAGCUGGACUCCCUGGCCGAGGGACUGGAUGGUUGCAAAGGUGGCGUGACCAAAGCAGAAUCUAGCGUCGAUAUCCUCAACUCUCCAACCCUUCUUGCCUUAUAAAUGCAAGUGUAGAUGAUGUAAUGUCAUGAUAUUGUUCUUAAUAUCUAUUGGAUAUCGCUGUGUUAUGAUGUCCAGAUGUGUGAUGUUGAUGUAAAGCCUAUGGAAGCUUGUUUCCGCCACGGAAUAAAAAAUAAAAAAGGUAAUUGUAACUUUGUAUCUCAAAAUUUGGACAUAUUUUUCCUCGCAAUUGCGUGUACAUCUCGCAAUUCCGACUUUUUUCUCAGAAUUGAGAUAUAAACUCGCAAUUGCGAGUUAUAAAGUCCAAAUUGCGAGAUUUAAAGUCACAAUUUUGAGAAAAAAAGUCGCAAUUAUGAGAAAUAAAGUCAGAAUUGCAAGAUAUAAACUCGCAAUUACGAGUUAUAAAGUCAGACCUCUGAGAUAUAAAAUCGCAAUUCUGAGAAAUAAAAGUCACAAUUAUGAGUAAUAAAGUCGCAAUUAUGAGAAAUAAAGUCAAAAUUAUAAGAAAUAAAGUCAGAAUUGCAAGAUAUAAACUUGCAAUUGUGUUAUAAAGUCCUACAUGCGAGAUAUAAAAUUGCAAUUCUGAGAAAUAAAGUCGCAAUUCUGAGAAAUAAAGUCAAAAUUAUGAGAAAUAAAGUCAGAAUUGCAAGAUAUAAACUCGCAAUUGAGAGUUAUAAAGUCCGACAUGCGAUAUAGAAAGUCAGAAUUAUGAGAAAUAAAGUCCGAAUUGCGAGAUAUAAACUUGCACUUCGAAAAAAGUCAGCUCACAAUUCUGACAAUUUCUUACAAUUGCGACUUUAUAUCACGCAAUUAUAACUUUAUUUCUCAAAAUUGUGACUUUAUAACUUACAAUUGCGAGUUUAUAUCUUGCAAUUCUGACUUUAUUUCUCAUAAUUUUGUGUUUAUUUCUCAUAAUUGCGACUUUAUUUCUCAGAAUUGCAAUUUUAUAUCUCGCAAGUAGGACUUUAUAACACAAUUGCGAGUUUAUAUCUGCUCAAAAAUAUAAAUAAAGUCAGAAUUGCAAGACAUAAAGUCACAAUUCUGAGAAAUAAAUUCGCAAUUAUAAGAAAUAAAGUCUGAAUUUCGAGAUAUAAACUCACAAUUCUGACUUUAUUUCUCAUAAUUGUGACUUUAUAUCUCACAAUUCAGAUGUUAUUACUCACAACUGUGAGUUUAUAUUUCAAUUCUGAGAAAAAAAAUCAGAAGUACGAGAUGUAAACUCGAAAUUGUGAGAAAAAAAGUCAGAAUUGUGAGAUAAAAAGUUGCAAUUACCAUUUUUAUUUUUUAUUCUGUGGCGGAAACAAGCUUCCACAGAAGCCAGCUGUUCUGUGGCUGCAUCCAUGUAAUGUGUGAGGGUCGGGGUUUUACUUUCUUCCAGAUACAUUUGAUGUAGCCCAAAUACAAGAGCAUGGAUAAUUAUCUUAUACGAGCAGAUAUGAACUAUGUUCUGGUUUGAAAAGCAUGCACGAGAUAUCAUGAAUAUAUAUAUAUAUAUUUAAAUAUAUAUAACAUAUAUAGUAUAUAUGUAUCAGUUCCAUAUUUGUUUGAUCUGGUGCUAAGUUCUGUGGAAUUGACUGCAGUUUUGUGUUUGUUUUCUAUGGCAAUAGAUUAUCGACUCGUGUUGUGCUUUAAUAUACAGUCAUCAGAGUUAUCGCAUACCUCAGUGUCAUCAUUCGACUGUGUUUUCACAUUGUUCUUAAAUGUUUAGAGUUUUCCAUGAAAACAUCCAGUGCUAUAUCGAUGGAGAUGUAUUUUAUGAUAAUUUAUUUUUCUACAUUUUAAAUUUGACUUCUUUGUCAAAUGAAAAGAACAAAAUGAGCAUUGAUUGCUGAAUAAAUAUUCACAAUAUAUACAAUCA